AUGUUGGGACUUUCUUCAAAGGGUAGUGGUUGUGGACCUCACAACUUGGUUCCAAGUGGAGCCAUCCGGCUUCUGCAUGAAUCUUAUUAUGAGCUUCAACACCCUCCUCUGAUUUCUUCAUCUCGAGUCAAGGCGAAAUGGCAGCGUCCGCCCUUGGGAUUUAUGAAAAUCAAUCUUGGGGGGCCUUGUCGAGCCGCGACAGGGAUUGGAGGGAUUGGAAUUGUGGCUCAUGACCAUGAAGGCACUUUCCCUGCAUGCUGUUCGGGGGUCUCCAACCUUCUGCAUGCAAAAUUACUACCCUUAAAGGAGGGGCUUUUGUUUGCCCAAAGAUGGCCUAAUGUGCAGCGACUCAUUGAAGCAUGA